ACCCAUGUAGGAGGUGCUACUCCAUGAAGCAGCGGUCUUAGGUCUAUGGCGAAGUACCCGAAGUGGACGAGAACGACGAAGCCUAUCAUGGAGGCGUCUUUAUCAAUGUAGGCCUUACCGAAGAAUCAAUAUUAUGACGUAGUUGACCGUCAUGUAGCCAUACGGGAGGUACAGCCAUGGCAAGGCGUCUACAACAUGCUCCAUGGCCUGACUUGAUGUUUGCGGUGGAGAGUAUGAACGGAAAUUGAGGUUUUCUCCACGCCAUUUUAGGGCGGAAAGAUGUGGGAGAUAGCUUCCAACCGCACGGGGAUGGUGAGAUAGGUCAGAGGGCAAUUACGGUGCACGUAAGGAACAUGGGAAGGAAAAAUAUAGGGAAACAAAAGUCCCAGUAGCAACAAUUAAACUCUGAAUUUUAUGGCUUCGAAUUUCGAGUUAAAUUCAAGCGUUACUGCACCAAGUGGUAGUUUGAGAACUUGUGCAAUCAAGACUUGCCGACGGAAGAGGUCCCUAGAGCUUCAGUUACUUCAUUCCAGAUAUGAUACCAUUCCGUGAGUGCAAUAAAGGAAUCAGAUUUCCUGAUUUUAAGGGAGUUGGAAUUCCCCCGUUUGAGGGAAAUGGAUUUCAAUUCCUCUUUACCAAACAAGUGGAAACGGAGUUGAACAUUCCGAUACCGAUAGGUUCGGCCCACCUUGGGCUGUUUUUGGGCGGACCGACGUUGACGUGACCUGCCACGCCGACCAAACGUUCCGCUUCAGGCCGCCAUGAGGUCACCGGUCCGUCCCGUUCACCGUCUCGGCACUUCAUCUUCUUCUUCCGUUGAGGUCGAGCUAUAAGCUUGUCCGAGAGGAGAAGCGUUGGACUGAAGCAAGCUUAGACCGUUUCUCAAGUCCCUGAACCUAUGAAGUCUCGUUUCUGUAGUCUCAUCGGAGUUAUUUUACGAAGACUUCCAAUUCCAAGAGCUCGGAUCGAAUCGAUAUUGAUGGCUUAUGGAGUUCCGCCAGCAAGCGCCAGCGGUGGCUCAACGUCGGCGAUUAAGCAGGUGAAACUGGACAAGGAGUGCGAGAUCAGGAUCGAGGUCGGCAACGAGACGCCUCUCCGCCUCCGCCUCCUCUCCGGCACCGCCGAGAUCUUCGGUGCCGAGCUGCCGCCUGAAUUCUGGCUUACCUUUCCUCCUCGCCAUAAGUUUGCCGUUUUUACUUGGUAUGGAGCAACUAUCGAGAUGGACGGUGAGACGGAAUCUGAUUAUACCACAAACGAGACACCAAUGGUCAGCUAUGUAAAUGUGCAUGCCAUACUUGAAGGACGCAGGAACAGAGCGAGAGCAUCGCCGCCUGACUCCAAUUCUUCUCAGGGACCUAGAGUGAUUGUUGUGGGACCUAAGGAUUCUGGGAAAAGUACUUUAUCGAGGAUGCUGCUCAGUUGGGCAGCUAAACAGGGUUGGAAACCUACCUUUGUGGACUUGGAUGUUGGCCAAGGAUUUAUAACUAUACCUGGCUCUAUUGCUGCUACACCCAUUGAAUUGCCUAUUGACCCUGUGGAAGGAGUUCCUCUAGAAAUGCCCCUUGUUUACUUCUAUGGGCAUGUUACUCCGAGCAAUAAUGUAGAUUUGUACAAAGUGCUCGUAAAGGAGCUUGCUGAUAUUCUGGAGAGACAGUUUGCAGGUAAUGCUGAAUCAAGAGCUGCAGGCAUGGUGAUAAAUACCAUGGGAUGGAUAGAAGGCGUAGGCUAUGAAUUGAUUCAACAUGCUAUUACUACUUUCAAUGCCAAUGUAGUCUUGGUCCUGGAUCAGGAGAAACUCUUCAGCAUGCUCAAGAAAGAUGUGUUGAAAAACAAUCCCAAUGUAGAUGUUGUUAAGCUUCAAAAGUCAGGUGGUGUUGUAUCCAGAAGUAAUAAGUUUCGGCAAAGGACGAGGAGCUUUAGAAUAAGGGAGUACUUCUACGGUCCAGGCAAUGAUCUCUCACCGCAUGCCAAUAUAGCCAACUUCAGUGAUUUGUCCAUCUAUAGGAUUGGGGGCGGACUCCAGGCCCCACACUCUGCGCUGCCGAUCGGUGCAAAGUCUGUUGCAGACCCUCUGAGAUUAGCACCUGUGAAUAUCAACCGGGAUCUGCUCCAUGUAGUUCUCGCAGUUUCGUUCGCGAAAGAACCGGAGCAAAUAAUCUCAAGCAACGUUGCUGGGUUCAUAUAUGUCACAGACGUAGACAUACAUAGGAAGAAGAUCACGUACCUCGCCCCAUCUACUGGGGAUCUCCCAAGCAAAUUCUUAAUUAUGGGAACCCUGACUUGGCUUGAAACCUGAACUCGAGAUGCAGGAUUUGUUGACUGCUACGCGUUUCUUAAAGUUAAAUCUAUCAAUUGUACUGAUCACUGCAUCGCUUGUAACUGAUAUCAUUGGGUAGUUUUGUGUAUCAUAUAUAGCAGAAACCUUGGUGUAAGUUGUAUAACUUUAUAAAUGAGAUGAGAGUUUAUUUGGAUUGAUCAUUUUUUUU